UAAUUAUUGUGAUUCUUUAAUGCUGGUAACUUUCUACCGUACGUUUAUAGACCAAAGUGUAGUAAAUGUGAAGCUGUAAUAUUGUAAAUGUGAAGGAAAGUGUAGUUUGGUUGGAUAAUUGUUAUAUAACUAAUAUUGAAGUAUGCAACAUACAUAAAGAAACAGUAUGUACUUCUUAGCGUCUUUAUCAGUGGGGCAUAUGCACCGAGAUAUACCCUUUUACUUAUUCAUAAAUUAGUUAGAUUCAAUGAUAGUUUAUUAAGUAAAUUAUGGUGGGACCGUCUUGGAACAAAUAUUUAUCAUUGAAUCAAAUCUCUCUGCGCCAUGAAAGGCCUAUCACUUUUGUAUUGUCGCAGUGGCAAAUAGACCAAAAUACAGUCAAUGUAAAAUACUGCAUAUUCCGAACAUGUAUGUUUAUCACAUUUUUUGUGUCAUGGGUGUUUAGUAUAGUGAACGAGAAAACUUAUGACGGUUCGACCAAAUGGCCCAUCUAUCUUACCAACUGGGGAUUCACGAUUUGUAUGAUCCAAGCCCUAUUGGCUUGCAUAAUGCUUACAGUAUGUUGCGUGACAAGAAAAAAGCAAUGGCAGGACUCGGUGCUGAAAAUCUAUCCUGUAUAUUGGUUGCUGAAUGUCGUGGCAACUCCUGUGGCUUUCACGAUUACCGUAAUUUACUGGUCUCUUAUAUACAACGCUGAACAUGCUAGUCUGGACGCCAUGAAUUUUCUUGUUCAUGGAGUGAAUUCUUUAUUGAUGCUGCUGGACUUAUUGGUUGUGGCUCAUCCAGUAAAAAUUUUUCAUUUUCUCUAUCCAUUAGCCUUAUCCUUGAUAUAUGCUAUUUUUACUUACGUAUAUUUUAUUUCUGGUGGACUGUCUAAGGACGGUACUCGCUAUAUAUAUCCUAUAAUAAAAUGGGACAAACCUGGAACUACAAGUCUGGUGUGUCUGGGAGUUAUGGUUUUCUUGAUCGUUCUUCAUUUAUUCACUUUUGGCAUGUUCAAACUUCGAAUAAGGACUUACGAGUUCAUUUUCACUAGAAGGAGACCAUCAUCUUCACCAAAAUCGCCUUCCUUAGGACUGAAGGCUUACGAAAACUCCGCACUUACCACAGAGACCGUUUAGUAGCAAUAAAAUAUUUAUUUAAAUGUGUGUAGGUUUAUAAUUAUAUGCAAUAACUGCCAAUGUUCUAUGUAGUGAGUUAGUAUGAAUGUAUUUAUGGGAAGAGAUAGUGAGGUUAGUAGUAUAACGUUUUUUACUCUAUGAUAUGAUUUAAUAAAGUAUUUGCUAUUUUC